AUGGCAAGAGUUGCCGUUGGUUUAGGUAUUUCUUUGCAAUUCACCAAAGCUGUUUGCAGCACCAAGGCGAUGGCCACUAUUCUCCCGAUGUUAACGAAAAGAAUAGGUUUAGCUGUUGUCUCAAAGUCUUUCCAUGCGAUAACCAGCGGAUUUUGGGAAGGUGGAAAGGGAACUAGAAACAAGCAGCUUAUGAGCCGAAAAGAUCCGAGGAAAUACCAGCGCCGCGAGGCAAAUGCUCCCGGACCUUCGACUCGCAAGUAA